UAUGCAUUUGCCGCUGGGUGCAGAAAUCAUUCGCUUCAAAACCAGCAACCUGUAAUAGUCUGUUGUUACACUACUGAAAAAUCAAAAUGAAAGCUUUUGCUGUUAUUUUAUGUUCGGUCUUUGCAGUAGCCCUGGCUCAGCUCCCCGAUAGCGAAAGGAUACACCUUAAACAAGUCCAUGAUUCCUGCCAAGCCGACCCUAAAACAUACGCCGACGAGAGCCGUCUGAAACAGCUCAACAAGUACAUCGAUGACAACGUAGUAGGCACCCACAUGCUGUGCAUGUCCAGAAAGGCCGGUCUCCAGAAGGCCAACGGUGACUUGGACGUCGGAGUUAUCAGACAGAAGAUUGACCUUGUUACAGCUGACAAGUCCAAGGUUGAUGGUUUGGUCAAGAAGUGUGCUGUUGUCAAUGGCAACCCCAAGAGGACUGCCAAUCUUCUCUGGCUCUGCUUUGUUCAGAAUAACAUAGAUUAUUUGCAUAGAUUGUAGGUGACUUGAUUUUUGUGAUAAAAAUAAAAGACUUCUGGAAUAAA